UUACGAUCUGUUGCACUACGUCUGACAUCGGCUGCGGUCAAGGAUCAGCUGCCUUUUACUGGAUGGAUAACAGACAUAAAGGUCAACAACACGGAGUCUGUAAUGAUUAACAGUGAGGGUGUCUUAAAUGACCUCUGUGGUACAGCCAACAUGUGCCUAAAUGGAGGAGUCUGCAGUUUAAUUAACAACGAGCCAACGUGCGACUGUUCUCGGACGGGCUUCCAAGGAAAGGACUGCAGUGAAGAAGACAACUAUAAUGAAGGUCUGGCACACCUGAUGAUGGGCGACCAAGGGCAGAGAGGGGAAGCUUGGCUUCUAAGGUCCCUACUGAGCAUUCAAGGAAAAGAAGAGUAUGUCGCAACCUUCAAAGGAUCUGAGUUCUUCUGCUACGACUUGUCCUUGAACCCGAUUCAAAGCAGCAGUGAUGAAAUCACAUUGUCAUUCAAAACCCUACAGAGGAAUGGACUGAUGCUGCACACGGGAAAAUCAGCUGAUUACGUCAACCUGGCUCUGAAAAAUGGGGCAGUCUCACUCGUCAUUAAUUUGGGGUCUGGAGCCUUUGAAGCUCUUGUGGAGCCAGUCAAUGGGAAAUUUAAUGACAAUGAUUGGCAUGAUGUCAAAGUAACAAGGAAUCUACGUCAGGUAACAAUAUCCGUAGACGGGAUUCUGACCACCACAGGAUAUACGCAAGAAGACUACACCAUGCUAGGCUCUGAUGACUUUUUCUAUGUCGGAGGGAGCCCUAGCACAGCCGACCUGCCUGGAUCUCCAGUUAGCAACAACUUCAUGGGCUGCCUCAGGGAGGUUGUAUACAAAAACAAUGACGUGAGACUUGAGUUGUCCAGGCUGGCCAAGCAGGGUGAUCCCAAGAUGAAGAUCCACGGCACUGUGGCCUUCAAGUGCGAGAACGUGGCUACUCUAGAUCCCAUCACUUUCGAGACGCCUGAGUCUUACAUCAUCCUCAACAAGUGGAAUGCUAAAAAGACAGGCUCCAUCUCCUUUGACUUCCGCACCACUGAGCCCAACGGCCUUCUCCUUUUCAGCCAUGGCAAACUCAAGCAGCAACCAAAGGAUUCAAAGAGUCCUCAAACUCUUAAAGUGGACUUCUUUGCUAUCGAAAUGCUGGAUGGCCAUCUGUACUUGCUGCUGGACAUGGGCUCGGGAACCACAAAGACCAAGGCAGUCAACAAGAAGGUCAAUGACGGCGAGUGGUACCAUGUUGACUUCCAGCGAGAUGGAAGAUCGGGUACCAUCUCCAUCAACACUCUCCGCACUGCCUACACAGCCCCUGGAGAAAGUGAGAUCCUGGACUUGGAUGACAACCUGUACCUCGGGGGUUUACCGGAGAAUAGAAGGGGGUUGGUGUUCCCCACCGAGGUGUGGACAGCACUGCUCAACUAUGGCUACGUAGGCUGCAUUCGAGAUUUAUUUAUUGACGGACAGAGUAAAGAUGUCAGACGGCUGGCUGAGAUCCAGAGAGCUGCCGGGGUCAAGCCCUCCUGCUCUAAAGAGCCUCCCAAACAGUGCUUGAGCAACCCCUGCCAAAACAAUGGGAUCUGUAGAGAAGGCUGGAAUCGCUACGUGUGUGACUGUUCUGGGACUGGAUACCUGGGUCGCUCCUGCGAAAGAGAAGCAACCAUCCUCAGUUACGAUGGCAGCAAGUUUAUGAAGGUCCAGCUACCGGUGGUGAUGCACACAGAAGCUGAGGACGUGUCUUUGCGGUUCCGCUCCCAGCGAGCCUAUGGCAUCCUAAUAGCCACCACGUCUCGGGACUCUGCUGACGCUCUGCGUAUUGAGUUGGAGAGCGGCCGCGUCCGGCUGACUGUCAACUUAGAUUGUAUCAGGAUUAACUGUACCUCCAGCAAAGGUCCAGAGACUAUUUUUGCGGGUCAGAAUCUGAACGAUAAUGAGUGGCACACAGUACGUGUGUUCAGGAGGGGCAAGAAUUUGAAACUGACCGUAGAUGAUCUUCCACCUGUGGAAGGUCAAAUGGCAGGUGACCACACCCAGCUGGAGUUCCAUAACAUUGAGACGGGCAUUGUGACAGAGAAGCGCUUCAUGUCCAUGGUGCCCUCCAACUUCAUUGGCCACCUCCAGAGCCUCUCCUUCAAUGGCAUGGCCUACAUAGACCUCUGUAAAAAUGGUGACAUUGAUUACUGUGAGCUCAAUGCCAUGAUUGGCUUCAAGAACAUCAUUGCUGACCCUGUCACCUUCAAGUCACGCUCCAGCUAUGUGACUCUCACUACUCUGCAGGCCUACUACUCCAUGCACCUUUUUUUUCAGUUCAAAACCACCUCCUCAGACGGCCUCAUCCUGUAUAACAGUGGCGAUGGAAAUGACUUCAUUGUGGUGGAGCUGGUUAAAGGUUACCUACACUAUGUGUCUGACCUGGGGAAUGGAGCGCACCUGAUCAAAGGCAACUCUAACAAACCCCUGAACGACAACCACUGGCACAAUGUUAUAAUCUCCAGGGACACCAACAACCUCCACACUGUCAAGAUUGACACCAAGAUUACCACGCAGACAACAACAGGAGCCAAAAACCUGGACCUGAAGGGUAACCUGUAUAUUGGAGGGGUGGCUAAGGAGAUGUACAAGGAGCUGCCCAAACUGGUGCAUGCCAAGGAGGGGUUUCAAGGUUGUUUGGCAUCAGUAGAUCUGAACGGGCGGCUCCCAGACUUGAUGUCAGAUGCCCUGGACUGUGUGGGACAAAUAGAGAGAGGAUGUGAAGGUCCCAGCACUACCUGCCAGGAGGACUCAUGUGCCAACCAAGGUGUGUGUCUUCAGCAGUGGGAGGGCUUCAGCUGUGACUGCAGCAUGACGACAUUUGGAGGACCGCUGUGUAAUGACGCGGGAACAACAUACAUAUUUGGACGAGACGGUGGACUGAUCACAUACACGUGGCCACCAAAUGACCGUCCUAGCACGAGGGCAGACCGACUAGCCAUUGGCUUCAGCACACAUCUGAAGGAUGCUGUCCUGGUGAGGGUGGAUAGCUCCUCUGGUCUUGGAGACUUCUUGAAGCUCCACAUUGAUAAAGGAAACAUUGCCGUUGUAUUUAAUGUCGGUACAGAUGACAUUAAUAUUGAGGAGACGUCAAAGUUUGUAAAUGAUGGAAAGUACCAUAUAGUGAAGUUUACGAGGAGUGGGGGUAAUGCCACUCUGCAGGUGGAUGACCUGCCAGUCAUUGAGCGCUACCCCACAGGCAACAAUGAUAACGAACGCCUGGCGAUUGCUAGACAGCGAAUCCCAUACCGACUUGGUCGAGUAGUUGACGAAUGGCUACUCGACAAAGGGCGACAGCUUACAAUCUUCAACAGCCAAACCACUAUACAGAUUGGGGGCUGGGAGCGAGAUCGCAGUCGAUCCUUUCAGGGCCAGCUUUCAGGCCUCUACUAUAAUGGCUUGAAGGUCUUCAACAUGGCCGCAGAGGGGGAUCCCAAUAUAAGGAUCCAAGGCAGUGUGCGGCUUGUGGGGGAGUCGCCCUCCUCUAUCACACCGCAGUCAAGUACCACAGCCAAUCGCUCAGAGACUUCCACAUCCAUCAUGGAGAUCACCACCACCACAGCGUCCAGCAGGAGAGUAAAGCCGACAACAUCACGAGAGCCUCCGCAAACAACUGACGAGUUCCCGGUGGCAUCAGCCGAGUGUCCAAGCGAUGACGAGGACAUUGAUCCCUGUGAGCCGAGCUCAGCCAAUCCCACCGGUGCUGGACCAAAGGGUUACCCAGGAACACAGGAGGUCUUCCGGGAGUCGAGCAGUACUACGGGGAUGGUGGUCGGCAUCGUAGCAGCAGCGGCGUUGUGCAUUCUCAUCCUGCUUUAUGCUAUGUAUAAAUACCGGAACAGAGACGAAGGCUCUUACCAUGUAGACGAGAGUCGUAACUACAUCAGCAACUCGGCACAGUCCAACGGAACCGUGGUCAAAGAGAAACAGGUCAACACAGCGAAAACCUCGAGCAAGAACAAGAAGAACAAGGACAAGGAGUACUAUGUGUGAUUGUCAAAGCUCUGGUCUUUGUCAGGCCAACAUUUAUCAAAGAGACAAAUCAGGACUUGUGUAAUAUAACAACAAAUACAAACAUUAUUUAGUCAUUUUCCCCCAUAAGACAAUGCUCUGAAAAGCUGAAAAAAAAAACAUGGUAAAUAAAAAAAAUUAAAAAAUAAACUUUCUUCAGUCUUAAACACUGGACAGAAAGUACUGAGGUGAAAAGACUGGAGGAAAAAUGGGUCUGCCAACAGUUAAAAAUGAACUAAAUACAUAUCUAACAUGUCAGCAAAACACCAUUAACCAUCUGUGACUUGUUCUUUGGCCAGGUUUGUGAUUGAACUCCCGUGUUUCCGGAGGAGCACAGAUGCACUUUGCAAAUGGAGUGACAGCAUAGCAGACUUAACAAUUCCAUUUCCAUUGCCUGUGUUUGUGUUGCGGGGACUUUUUCUAGGUAAAAUGGCACAAUGCAUAAAUAAAUACAUACAUAAAAAUACGCCAAACAUUUAUGAAGAGGAUGAAGAGGAAUUUAAAAAAAAAAAAUCAAUCACAUGACGUUUAAGCCAGAGACGAGGAAUCAGCCAAAAGUCCUCACGCUAGGGGCAGAGAUGGCCUGCAAAGACUAUUACCUGGCAGGCAGGGCUGCUGCAGUGCAAAGAUGAGAACAGAUGGCAGCUUCUCUUGAAAGACUUCGGUUUAAAAGAAUAUGUGAGUUGUGCCAGGAAGAAAUCUGGAGGCCUUCGUUUUCACGUUGUGUGAACUCAAAGGAGAGACUUCGCUCAGAAUCCCGCAGAUGUCUCAACGGUGAUCAUUCAGGAGCCAUGCACGCAAAAUUAUCUUAUUACAGUACAUAUGUUUAUAUACAAUACAACCACAUCUAUAUGUGCUUUCUGGACUGUGACAAAGUGGUGUUUUAUAGCCUGUUGUAUAGAUGAUGCAAACUAUAACUGCUCCUCAGCCGUUUUGGAAUAAAACCUUAAAAAAAAGGACAAAAAGAUGACAUAAAUGUUAUUAAGUGUUGCUAGACAUAGAUUUUAUGAGGACAUCUGCAUUUUGUUUUUGUUUUUUCAGUUGGAUAAUAAUUUGAAUCUCUCCCUGUUUUUACAUGUGUUCCUAUAUAGUUUUUAUACAAAUUCCAACCUGGACCAGUAAUAGCCUAACCUGAAACCUGCACAAGCUGUUGAUCGCGGAGAGGUGUGACAACUUGUGUGGCUCUCUUUUAAGGAUCCUGGUAGAAUCACUGCCUUCCUGCUCAAUCCUGACUUACAUGAGUGAGAAUGAAGACCUAGAAUAUGAGUGUUGAUGAUGAUGAUGAUGAUGAUGGAUGAUGCCAAUGAUAAAGAUAAAUUAACUUGCUGUGUGUGUGUUUUCCAAGUGGUAUUAUAAGAUUGUCCAGUGUGCGCUUGGGCUGACACAAAACCCAGAGGAGAAUAGCUCAAAUAAGUCUCCAUUUCAACUGUUCUGUGUUUGUUCUGUCAUUCUGUCAGUCAAUUCUGCUUUCCAGAGACCUGUACUUGGAAUGAGUAUGAGGAAAAAUGACCAUGAACUAUAAAUGAUGAUCAUAAAUUCUCUUUGUUUGCUCCUCUUUUUAUUUCUUCAAGCGUUUCAUGUUCAGUUGAACUUCUUCUUGUACUCCACAUCAAAAUGAGUCAUAAAAACGAGGUUUUUUUUUUC